AUGAUAAUGGAUGAAUCUGCGAUGGAUUGCUCAGCUCCUUUGCCUGAUGACGGAGGCGCAGGCAGAGCGCUCGAUCCGAAAAUCAUUGAAGAGGAAAGUCAGUCUCCUGGAAAAGUGACAUCCAAGACCGAUUCACAAUCCACUGAAGAAGCCCUUGAUCCUGACGCACCCGUGUUUAAUGGUUCGAGUGAACUUACCAUAGAUCCUAACAUGCCAGAAGAUGCUGCUGAUGAGUGUCGUGAUGUUGGCCUUUACUUCCGAAAUCGAUCGGAAUCUCCCGAUGUGUACCAUUCCUCUGCUCGCCCUUCUACGCACAAGUCAUCCUAUGAUGGUUCUUCCGAAAGCCAACCCCACAACGAAACUGCACCCACAAGUCCAACUCAUCGGUUUGAUCAUGCUUAUGAAGUUGAGGAUUCUCGUGAUGAAGUCCGCAGUGAGAGUGGAGGCGUCCGAUCGCGUGGACGUGGCCCACGUGGAAGAGGUAGAGGAGGAACCAGGCCAUGUAGUGGUAGCGCUACUCCUCUCACCAACAGUCCAUUGGUCAGCACGGACAAAAAACGUUCUGGGCGUGGACGUGGCAGCAAACGUGGCCGGGGAUAUGGUUUAUCACGCAUCGGCGACGUAGUGGAAUCCGAGCUGGGCAGCACAGUAACGACUCCGACGGCUGAUGAUGUUUAUGAAUUCAAAAGCAGUCCGGAGAGCGAGUUUGUCCCUAAUCAAGCCGACUUCGGAAGUCAUGAGGAAAGAGAGCGAUCAGCACCCCCAAGUGCAAAACGGCAGCGCUUAAUUGAAGCUCGUCCCGAAAGUCAAGGAGGAAGUGCCCAUUCAGGAGACAUGGAAAUGGACGACAUUGAUGAAGAUGAAAUGAAUUCAAAACCAGGCGUUAGUGAUCGUAAGGUCCCGCCCUUACGCAUCUCCUUACCCAUAACCCAGACGGAAGAGGAGAUACAUAGUGAACAAUCUGGCCAUCAGGUGUCUUCAGGGCAUCUUAAUUCGAACCGAAAAGGCCCACGUGGCCGGCAUGGUAAACGACACAAUGAUGCCGACGAAGCUCAGAGAGUGACUCGUAGUAAGGUAAGGCAAACGGGUAAAGCGCUAGACGAUACGGAUGCUUGGACAAAGAAGAAACGUGGACGUGUGAAUACAAACACAGCUCAAGGUGAAGAGGCUGAUGAAUCGAUUAUGUAUGAUGCCUCUCCUACGGCUGAGGGAUCCGAUGAUACCUCUCCAACAGGCCAAGCCUCAAAUUCUAUGUCGAUUCCGGAUACGUUAUCUGCUGAACAAAGAAUCAUCUACGAGAAUCCACGUAGUGGAAUGUUUCACAUGAAGAAGCUGCUGGCUGCUCGUUGGGUGGAUGAUUUGCGAAAGCAACGCGAACUUCCUAGACAUGACAACGAGAAGUACAAGAGUAUGCUGCUGCUUACUGGCGAUUAUUCGUUGCGACGUGUGGAUAGCUCAGGAAGCACGGCGGGACAAACAAGUGUCGAGAAGGUGGAGCCGAAAACCGAGCAAAAAACUUUCGUUGAGCCGAACACUAGCUCAGGCUCAGUGGCCAAUGGCGAGGCAGAAUCCGAAGACGAAAGCAGCGGAUUAUGUCCUGAAAUGAGAGCUCUCUGGAAGGAACACUCUGAGGAGCGAGCAAACAUGAUGAAUCGCAUGUACAAAGAGAGGAUAAAAUUACGGCUUUUCUGGGAACAAGAGCUGCUGCGAAUGGAACAACGAGAGAAAGGCACCUCACCUGCAAUGUCAGCUGUUAGGUUCCUUCGUGAAAACGAAAUGUGCAAUGCUCAAAUCUUGGAAGAGUUGGACGAACCUCUGAAACCAAUGGAUCGUAAUGAGUUCGUGGAACGGAAGAACAAGUCAAUCAACCAGAUGUUUAAUAGACACAAGAUGGAGGCCAGCUCACUUUUUGGAUUACAGCGCGACAUGUGGUUGUGUGAGGCUCGCCGUCGUGGCCUAGAGGUGAAUCCUGAAUGCAUCAAGGAAUGCGUUCCUAUGGUCGGAAAGUGGUCCACACAAGUUUGGGAUGGCUGUCGAUGUAGCGCCCGUGCCGUAUUCCACUAUCAUCCUACAUUGCCUGAAGUAUCCCCACAAUGGAGUCUAUGGCAUUUUACUUGGCACAAAGACUGGAUUUCCGCUGCUGUCCCGAUUUCUCAUGAAUCGUCGCCUCUCGCACCUGCUGUAGAAGUUGCUCUAGCGAUUGUUCAUGCCUCCUAUCCGAACAUCAUCGGCGUGUAUUAUUCAAAUCACAACUAUAAGGACACAAGCUUGAAUCCUUAUGCCGUUCGAUUAUGUGAUGCUGUUACGUCUGUGUGCGGAACGCAGGCUAUCCUUGUACAGGUGAUCAAUUGGAACCUGAGCCCUGACUGUGAGAGUAACUCCUUGGCUGCCUAUGUCAAAGAUGGAGAAAACUGGAAAGACACACGAUUGGACACAUCGUCCGAGUCGUUGACGAUAUUAUCAAGAGCGAUUCACAGCAAGCUUUAUCGUACAUUGUACGAUUUCGAAAACCACCUGGAUCGACCUGAAUGUGAUUUCUACAACACGGGUCUCUCACAGAAACUUGGACAAUUGAUUGGAUGA